AUAACAUUAAUUUAUUCAAGCAACCCUAAAAUCUCGCGGUGCUACCAUUCAGACAUCUUGCAUUUCACUAAAUCUGGUUUUGGAGAUUUUUCCUCAUUAAACAUAUAUUUUUAUCUUCAUCUAUAUACAUAUAUAUAUUCCGCGGAGAAACAGGCUUCUUUGUGGGUCCUUUGAACCGAGAUUCCUCCGAGCUAACAGAUGUAAGGCGGUCGGACCGAGCCUCGCGUGCCAAUCCCGCGGAGUUUAGACGCUUUCUCACGGGCUGCUCUCGCCGUAUUGUGCGUCAUCUCCAUCGCUGCCGUUUUGUUAUUUUUCUCCAGCGAGGAAACAUGGCAACUCCCGCCGCGGUCAACCCGUCUGAGAUGGGCAGUGAGUUGCCGGGGACCGUAGCCAUGCCGGGGGCCGUUGGAGCCGGUCAGGUGAGGAUGGGAGGAGCUGUGCCAGGCCGCGGAGGGAAGAGGAGGUCAGGAGGAAUGGACUUUGACGAUGAAGACGGAGAGGGACCGAGCAAAUUUUCAAGGUAUGAUGAUGAUGAUCAGAUUCCUGGUGUUGAAAAGGAAAGAUAUGCCAGAGAGAACCACAGUGAGAUCGAGCGACGCCGACGCAACAAAAUGACGCAGUACAUCACCGAGCUGUCAGACAUGGUCCCCACCUGCAGCGCGCUGGCCAGGAAGCCUGACAAACUGACCAUCCUGCGCAUGGCUGUGUCCCAUAUGAAGUCCAUGAGGGGCACCGGCAACACGUCCACUGACGGCGCCUACAAGCCCUCCUUCCUCACAGAACAGGAGCUGAAGCAUCUCAUUCUGGAAGCAGCGGACGGCUUCCUGUUUGUGGUUGCUGCGGAGACGGGCCGGGUGAUCUACGUGUCGGACUCGGUGGCGCCGGUGCUGAACCACCCCCAGGCGGAGUGGUUCGGCAGCACUCUGUACGAGCAGGUCCACCCCGACGAUGUGGACAAGCUGAGGGAGCAGCUCAGCACCUCUGAGAAUUCCAUGACAGGACGGAUUCUGGACCUGAAGACUGGAACGGUGAAGAAGGAGGGACAGCAGUCCUCCAUGAGGAUGUGCAUGGGCUCCCGACGCUCCUUCAUCUGCCGCAUGAGGUGCGGUAGUGCUCCACUGGAUCACAUCUCCCUAAACCGACUAUCCAACAUGAGGAAGAGAUACAGGAAUGGCCUUGGACCCUCAAAAGAAGGAGAGGCUCAGUACUCUGUGGUGCAUUGCACUGGCUACAUCAAAGCCUGGCCCCCUGCAGGUAUGACUAUACCAGAAGAAGACACUGAGGCAGGGCAGACUGGAAAAUACUGCCUAGUGGCCAUCGGACGACUGCAGGUAACCAGCUCCCCGGUCUCUAUGGACAUGAACGGCCUGUCGGUGCCCACAGAGUUCCUGUCGCGCCACAACUCAGACGGUGUCAUCACCUUCGUGGACCCACGCUGCAUCAACGUGAUUGGCUAUCAGCCGCAGGACCUGCUGGGGAAAGACAUCCUGGAGUUCUGCCAUCCUGAGGACCAGAGUCACCUGAGAGAGAGCUUCCAGCAGGUGGUGAAGCUGAAGGGUCAGGUUCUCUCCGUCAUGUACCGCUUCAGGAUGAAGAACAGGGAGUGGAUGUUGAUCAGAACCAGCAGCUUCACCUUCCAGAACCCUUACUCUGACGAGAUCGAGUACAUCAUCUGCACCAACACCAAUGUCAAGCAGCUGCAGCAGCAGCAGCAGGCGGAGCUGGAGGUGCACCAGAGAGACGGACUGACAGCCUAUGACCUGUCCCAGGUGCCUGUGGCCGGCGUCAGCAGUGGAGUCCACGAGGCGGGGAAGAACAUCGACAAGACAGCAGUGCUGUUCUCCCAGGAGAGAGACCCCCGCUUCGCAGAGAUGUACAGCGGCAUCUCCGGCUCUGCAGAUAAGAAGAUGAUGGUCCCCUCCUCUACAGCUGGAGGACAGCAGCUCUACUCACAGAGCUCUCCCUUCCAGCAGGGGCACUCUGGGAAAAGCUUCAGCUCCUCGGUGAUCCAUGUCCCCGGUGUGAACGACAUACAGCCAUCAGGCUCGUCCAAUCAGAAUCUCGCUCAGAUCUCCAGACAGCUAAACCCAGGCCAGGUGGCAUGGUCAGGCAACCGUCCCCCCUUCUCUGGACAGUCCAGUAAAGCCCAGUCCAGUCCAUUUGGUAUUGGUUCUGGCCACAGCUACCAGACGGACCCGGCCUCCUACAGCCCGCUGUCGUCUCCAGCCACUUCCUCCCCGAGCGGCAACGCCUACUCGGGACUGACCAACCGCAGCACAGCUUUCGAUGUGUCGGGGGAGAGCAGUCAGAGUGGAGCUCAGUUCCAGGGCCGUCCCAGCGAGGUGUGGUCCCAGUGGCAGAACCAGCACCACAGCCAGCAGGCGGGGGAGCAGCACACACACCCCAACCCCAGCCAGACAGAAGUGUUCCAGGACAUGCUACCCAUGGCUGGAGACCCCACCCAGGGAACAGCCAACUACAACAUAGAGGACUUCGCUGACCUCGGCAUGUUCCCCCCCUUCUCCGAGUAACACCCCCUUUUCCCUAUCCCCCCCCCUCUCAGAACUGGACUGAUGUUUCAUGGUCAUGUUGUCUCUUGUUUCUGUCCUGCUGGAUUCACAGCUGAUGUGCAGCACGCUGAAUGUCUGCGUCUCUUUUCAAACACACACACUUUACUUCACAAGCCUGCAGUCUAUCUACAAACAUACCUCAUCUCUGCUGGCAGGUGGGGGGGCACAUCCUGCAUCCCCUCUGUGUGUGUGAGGCUUGUGCUGUGGAGCUCCUGCAUCACAGCCAGAGGAUCUAACAAAUUAAUUACAGCUGCAUUCAUCAGAGAAGAGUAGAUUUCACUUCCUGUAUUUCAGAUUUGACAAAGCAAAAAUUCCCAAAAUGUGAUUAUUUUCUGUCAGCUGUUCACGUCUGCAAGCAUCCCACAGAUAACCAUAAGUUACGGCUGUUCCAACAAAUAGCCUGCACCCACUGCUGUCUGCGUCCACAUCUUUUCGGAGUACAUCAUGUCUUGUUUUCAGGAUUCAAUAAUAACACAAAAAGGAUAAAAACAUCAUCUAUAAGUCAUUCAUCUCUCAUGCUCAGUGCUGUGCAGUCACUCACAGAGCUUACCACGACUGCGGUCACCAUGACACCCAGAGUGAGUCCGUGUGACUGAUGGUGUUCAUGUAGAGCUGACAUGUGCACUGCAACUUAACAUUCCAUUUCAAAAAGGACAAAAUAAAAACAUCAAACUCUGCUUAUCUGGGAGGAAUUCAGAUCUCUAGAGAAGCUGCACAAAUCUGGCUCAACUCUGAGUGAGGGAAAAACGACGGCGUCCUCUGUGCACAUGGAGAAGUGAUUUAUAAAGAGGCCCUGUUCUGCUUUCUGGGCUCUCCUCUAGUGUGUUCUAUAGGUUUCAGUGCAUGUUAAUGGUCUACAAAGGCUAAAAUCCCUGUGUUCCCUCCAGAGGGAUGGAGGGAGCAUUAUGACAGCACUAUGUAACACUUGCCUGUCUAUUGGCUAGCUCUAACAAAUUGUAUGUGAUAGGAUAAGGGGUGACACAUCUCUAAGAGGUUGACCAAUCACAACAGAGCCGGCCAGCUAACCAAUCAGAGCAGACUGGGCUCUGGUUUCAGACAGAGGGGGAAAAGAGGUGCUGCAGCACAGACAGUAUUAGAAAAAUAAAGAGCUUUCUGAAAAUUACAGGAGAGACAGAGUACAAACAUGAGCAGAAUAUGUCCUCUUAUAAAGAAGAGAAGGACUGCAGCUCUACACCAUGCUUAGAGAGCGGAGUGUGUGUAUCCUCACAAGUGUGUGUUUUGGCAGUCUCUUUACUUCUAAGCAGGAUUGUAUCACAGUGCUAAGCUAGCAUGUUGAUGCACACACAUGUUGCAAUAAAACACGCUGAGUCACACAUCUGACCUGCUGAGCUCAUCAGUCAUAGCUCCCAUGUAAACGCACAUGUGACUCUGUUACUGAGUGAUGUCAUUAGAGCAACAGCCUACACAGUGAUGUUGGAGUUCAGUCAUAAAUAACCAUCAUGUGCACAUACAGUAUGAUGCCAGCCACAGAGAACAGUCAGCUUUAUCAGUCUGCUGAAAACUGUGCAGCCUCCCAUGAAACAACCCCCCUCCUCUGCUCCCCUCCACCUCCUGUGCAGUGAUUGUUGUCAGUUCUGAUGUAGUCCCUGCACUACAUGUGGCCUCACACACACACACACACACAGAUGUAUGUGACGUUGAAGAUGUGCGCCUCCGCCUGCCUGCAGCCUCUUCACACCAUCGCUGCCAAACAGCAGCAGGGAGGGGGGGAUCUCCACCUGCUGCUGUCCUCACUCUCUCCAUCCACCUUGCUGUGUAAACUGUAUGUAGUGAUGUCCAGACCUCUAGAGAACCCUGACGCCAGUGUAGAAGAUUCCGUGUAUAAAUGAAACUCUACAGUGAAAUAAUAAACUCAUGGCAGGCCGUUGCUAAGCUAAGGCUUAAAGUGCACUUCAUGAAGCUAACCGCUAAUCUCACCAGCCUGCUUUAAAAGGGAAGAACCGCCAUACCGUCCAAGCAAAGUGCAGUGUUUCACAGUCAAUUCGGUGUCCUUCAGCUCUGACUUUAGAAUCUUUUCAACUAUUAAGAGACUUGAUGAUACUUUCUAGCGGGAGCUUUUGCAGAACGGAUUGUAUAAUGUCUCUGAGGGACGGAUGGAGAACAGACAUCAGAGCCCUUUGCUAAAGAUCUCAGAUGGAUGUUUUUUUGUAAAUAAUGUGAUUUCUAUGUCGACUCGUGUUACUUUCACACAGUACAUGUUUUUUGUGUAGGUUUAAAUGAUAUUGUGUGCAUUGUGAGUACAUAUUUAACUAUCGGUAUUUAGUUAGUCUGUUAAUUGUACAUUGAGUUCUAGACCUGUAUAAAUUGUGUAAAUGUGACCCAUUAUUUUUGUGUAACAAAUUGUGCUUGUGACAUUAAAUUCAUAUUGGUUA